CAGUUUGGGGCACAUGACUUCCCGUAGUUGCGUCAUCGUAUGUAAAUUGUUGGAGUGGCAAGAUGGCUACCGAACCAAACAAGACUGAAAUACUUACUAUUUUCAAACGACUGAGAUCCAUUCCUACCAACAAGGUGUGUUUUGACUGUUCUGCGAAAAACCCUAGCUGGGCGAGCAUACCAUAUGGCGUCUUCUUGUGCAUUGACUGCUCUGGAAUCCACCGUUCCCUUGGAGUGCACCUCAGCUUCAUCAGAUCCACUGAGUUAGAUUCCAACUGGAACUGGUUUCAGCUUAGAUGUAUGCAGGUUGGAGGCAAUGCCAAUGCAACUGCCUUUUUCCGCCAGCAUGGCUGCUCCACAAACGACACCAAUGCCAAGUAUAACAGCCGUGCAGCGCAAAUGUACAGGGAGAAGAUUAGACAGCAAGCCAACACUGCACUGUCCAAGUAUGGAACAGAUCUAUGGAUUGACUCUUCUGGGGGGCUCACAGCAGCGGCUCCUGAGAAAAAAGAACAAGACUUCUUUGCAGAACACACACAGUCUUGUAAUGACUGGAGCAUGACAACAGCCUCAGAGCUGGAGCAGAAUGGCGCCACCGUCGCUGUGCAGCCAAGGGACACCAUGGCCAAAAGCCAAGAUGACAGCCAGCCGGAGGACGGGCCGAGCAUUGAUGGUUUGAGCACGUCGCCCAGAGCCACGAUUGAUUCCAUGCUAUUGUCGUCACAAGAGCAAUGGCAAUCCAGAGAUGUUAAGCCAACCAUUAUUGGGAAGAAGAAGCCAAUGGCUGCCAAAAAAGGGCUGGGGGCAAAGAAGGGCCUCGGUGCUCAGAAGGUGAGCAGCAAGAGUUUUUCGGAGGUGGAGAAGCAAGCCCAAGUGGCUGAGAAGAUACGAGAGGAGCAGGCAGCCGAGGCAAAAAAACAAGCGGAGGAGUCCAUUGUGGCUUCCAUGCGUUUGGCCUACAAAGAGCUCGAGAUUGACCGAAAGCUUGAGGAAAAGAAGCUGAAGAACCUGGAAGGCAAGAAGAGGGAGCAGGCCGAGAGACUGGGCAUGGGCUUCGGAAACAGGAGUGCUGUGUCACAUUCAGUGAUGUCUGAGAUGAAGGUGAUUGAGCAGGAAACCCCAGUGGGAGCCAAGACCUCGACUCGUUCCAAAUUGGACAUGUUUGAUGAGCCCGGUUUCACCUCUGGACCCCCUAAAUAUAAGGAUAACCCAUUCUUGGUGGGUGACAGUUUUGGAUCGCGCUGGGAGACAGAAGGAGGGACCGCCUCCUUUAGCACCUCCUGGACUCUGGAGAAAGAAGAACCCAAAGAGGAAGUCACCAUCUCCAGUAUUCAGCCAAUAGGAGAGAGACUUCCCAGCAGAAGAAAAGCUGAGGUGUCCGCCCCAGUGUCGGAGUCGAGCGAAGCCAGGCAGAAGUUUGCGAAUGCAAAGGCCAUCUCUUCGGACAUGUUCUUUGGCCGUGAAAGCAACGUUGAGUAUGAGGCAAAGAGCCGACUGGAGGGCAUGUCUGGAAGCACGGCCAUCAGUUCGGCUGACCUGUUUGGAGAUGGCAGUGACAAUAAAGGGCGCUCAUCAGGCUUUGACAGCGUCCUUCCCACUGGUCCAGACAUCACCCAGUUCAAGCAAGGAGUGAAGACGGUCGCAGGCAAGAUGGCCGUCCUUGCCAACGGGGUCAUGAAUACCAUCCAGGAUCGCUAUGGCUCCUACUGAGCAACUUGGAGACACUGGCACCGAGAUGACCGGCCUCGUUUGACUGGUGCAUUUGGCCAGGGAUGAAACUAGGGAUGGGAUGGAUACCUUUCAUAUUUAAACUGGUUUGGUUCCGAUUCUUGGUAUCUGGGAAUCGAUACCGGUAUUCAACUGUACCAAUUUUCGGUACCACGGUUCUGCUGUUUGUGGUAAUAAAUUUGUCAGUUUAUUCAACAGUAAUAUCAAAAUCAUUCAAUUUAACAAUGAUUUUUCAAAAUACAAUUUGACAAACAACAAAACUUCGUGAAUUGAAAACAAAUGAGCCAACGAGGAUAGAGUAAAAAUAAAGGUUAACAAUUUUUCAAUUACAAAGAGCUGAAAAAAAAAUGCAAACAAUACAUUAAUAUUUCAAUAUCCAAAGUAGAGGGCACGGUUCUUUGCAAUGAACAAUGCAAGGAAGCGCGUUAAAUCAUUUGUAUUAGUGUUAUCUUCGUUCCUUGUGUACUUGUUUUUCAAGAAUGCACGGCACGCGAUGAGUUGGAACCCAGCUUGCACCAAAAUAUAGCAACCAAAAAAAAAAAAAAAAAAAAACAGUUGGAAGAGGACGCCAAUGAGAACAUAGAGAAUGACUGGAAUCAAAUUUAUCCUUUGAAUGUACCCAAACCGGUAUUUGAUGCUCGCUACAUUUUGGCCACAAGAUUUCACUACUUCACCCAUAUGACAUUUUAAGAUACGUAGUAUUAUGAUGUAUUAAGUAUUGUUCAAAAACACAGUGCAUCGAUAUUGUAACGAUGGUGACGUCGCGCACCUUCCCAGCAUUAUUCGACUCCUUGAAGGAAGACGGACCUCUCUGUGCUGGCGCCAGGUAGGGGCAGAUGCCGCGGCCGUGCUCCCUGCAUGGAUGAAAGCCAGGACCCCGCCGGCCCGUCCCUCUCAGGCCCACACCGAUUGCAGAGACCCGGGGACUUCGGCAACUAACGGCCAGCGCCAGUACAGAGAAACCCCGCCCCACUUCGCCCUGCGCUCAACCAAAGCAUGCUAGGAAGUGCGAGGCUUCACCAUUGCUACAAUAUACUCCUUAAAUUGUGUUCGUUUGGCUUGACGGCAAGCAAACCUCGCUCGCUUCCAAAUCUGAAAAUGUAUUUUUAAAUCCUACGCGAGUGGGUGACAUCAUUACUGUGGUGGAUGUGCACUGUUGCGUUCAAGUGCGCCAUGGAAAAUCGCCAACCUUCGUCAUCCCCCCGUCACAACUUCGGAAGACAUGCUUCAGAACCGACAAAUAGUACCGUUUGAUUUCAUGAUAAUCGGUGCUCAGUCGUACUGACUCAACUCGGUCCAUACCAAAAAAAUAGUACGGUCUUUGGUACCCUUCCCGAGAUGAAACUGAGAGAAGGAAAGGCUUUGCAUGAAUAAAGAUAAUCUUCCUUCUCACUCCCCACCUUUUAGAGACUGUUGCUGGAGUGAGUCAGUAUUUUGCUCUCUCAACAUUUGAGUUUUUAUUUUCAUAAAGCAAACCACGUGUGGUUGUAGUCUAUCGGAAGCAAGAGUUGUAUCUAAAGUUGGACAUUUUUUGUUUGGGUCUUAGAUUUUCAAAAUGUUGUCAGAGUUCUAUAUUUUCUUUGGUCUCUGAUAUAUGUUAACAAAUACUUCCAUGUUUUGUCCUGUUUUGUCAUUGUGAUACUAAAUAAAAAGGUGCAACGCU